GCGCUGUCGUGAAAUAUCACACGUGGAGACGAAGGACAACUUCAACAGUAGCGAAACACGCAGUUAUUCAGCCUCAUACAAGGAUGGUUGCGGUUACAAGCGGAAACGUUUAUAAAGCGCUUGUGCAAUUUACCCUCUUAGUAAUAGCAUUUGCCUUGAUGGGAGAGUCGCUAUCAAUGACGACUACCACACAACCGCCUACUACCAGGAAAGACCCAGUUACCACGGAUGCAGACGAGUCCCAUACAACUCGUAAUAAUGGUUGUCUUUACGAGGGUAAAUGGUAUCUUCCAGGUGAAAAAAUAUCACAAGGUUACGAUGGUGAAAAUUGGUGUUUCGGUGUGGUCUGUGAUGAAAAUGGUCAAGUUCUUUAUUGGGAUAAUUUCAACUGUGGAACUACUGCACCUACGACUACACCUCACACGACUUCAGAACUCGCCACAACGACGCCCCCACCACCAGUAACCACACCAAUACCAUUCACUACUCCUCUUGGUUGUUUCCAGAAUGGCAAAUGGUAUCGUCCAGGUGAACAGAUGUCACGUGGUUUUGAUGGMAAGAACUGGUGUUAUGGGACAUACUGUGAUCGCAAUGGACAAGUUGUAGCAUGGGAUGACUGGACGUGUGGCACAACAACCACACCCACGACAAAUAUWCCUACCUCCACCCCUCCCUUGCCUACCAAAAGAAGAGGAUGUUUCCAGAAUGGCAAAUGGUAUCGUCCAGGCGAAGAAAUGUCGCGUGGUUUUGAUGGCAAGAACUGGUGUCAUGGGACAUACUGUGACCGAUAUGGACAAGUUGUAACUUGGGACAAUUUCAACUGCGGUCCAACUACUGUCUCAACCACACAUGCGCCAACUACUACCCCUACCACACAUGCGCCAACUGCUACCCCUACCACGCAUGAGCCAACUACUACCCCUACCACGCAUGAGCCAACUACUACCCCUACCACGCAUGAGCCAACUACUAYCCCUWCYACGCWUGMGCCAACURCUAUCCCUUCUACGCUUGCGCCAACUGUUAUAGCAAGAAAAGCCAAUAAGAUUCCGCACAGAUUUCGUUCUCGAGGCUGCUACUACCGCGGUAAUCGGUACGAACCGAACAGUAACAUACUUCAGUCAACCAACGGAAAUGGCUGGUGCUAUGGCAAACGCUGCAGCGACGAUAACCAAGUUAUUCUCUGGGAUGAUUUUACAUGUCAGCCAAGAAAAUCUGGUGGUUGUUGGUAUGGUGGAUAUCGGUACGCGUACGGCAGCGAACUAUUCCGUGUUCGAAACCAGUUUUUAUGCUAUGGAGGAGUGUGUGGUAAGAACGGGAAGAUCAAUUCUUGGUCGCGGAUGAGCUGCCGGAAGGAAAUGCAGUUUUACGGGGGAAGACUGAAGCCGAGCUGGUGUAAGUACCGCGGUGAAAGGUACCCAAGAGGAAGUGUUUUCGCCGUUAGGUCAUUGUCCAAGAGGCAUGGGUUUGGGUGGUGCAUUGGAGCAAAGUGUGUCGACAAUGGGCGCAUUGUAACAUGGGGACCAAAGUGGGCACCUGGAUAUUGCUGAACAUUAUUMAAACGGUGCUGAAUUUAUUGAAAACUGUAGAACAAUACGUUAAUACUAUGAAAUGAAUGUUUGAUACAGUCUAUGAAAGAUAUAUAAUAGACAUAUGUAAUCAAAGUUUAYAUUUUUGCAUGGUUUUAUAUCAAUAAUAAUGUAGCAUAAAUUUUGCAGAUAAAAAUCUAAGAUUUGAUGAA